ACACAUUAGACUGCUGAGAUCUUUGCAUGAGCUCAUCUGUCACCAUAUAGCUGUAACUCCCACCGCCAUCGCAGAGUCUGCCAUAUAAAGAGCACCCCUCAGGGUUCCAAUUAUGAUCCAUGCUCUACAAACCCCAGCUCAUACUUAUCUAAGCUUUUUUCUAAUCCAGGAAAAGAAAACCUCAACUCCAUCUAGAGAGAGAGAGAUCAUGAGUAGCUUAGAAGAGGAAAGACUGGCUCAGAUGGUAGAGGAGUUUAUAGAAUCAGAAUCAUCAUCAUCCAUUUUUUCUGCUUCCUCAAAGUGUCCUCCUAAUCAUCAUACCCAAUAUCUCACUUUACAGGAGAUUCUUGGGAGUGGGACAGAAGCUGAGGCUGAGGUGCUUGAGAGUGUGUCGAGGCAUAUGGGCAGCAUAAAGGAUGCUGAGAAAACCACCAGUCUGAAAAAGUGGCUUGUCAUGAGGCUCAAAAUGGAUGGCUGUGAGGCUUCUCUGUGUCAAACAUCUUGGGUCACUUCCUUGGGAUGCCCUGCUGGUGAUUAUGAAUACAUCGAUAUUAAAAUGAAAGCUGAGAAUGGUGAUUCGAGGAGGCUUAUUGUGGACAUGGACUUCAAGUCACAGUUUGAGCUUGCAAGGCCAACGCAAACCUACAAGGAGCUCACAGACGCACUCCCAUACAUCUUUAUUGGGACCGAGGAAAAGCUUAACAAGAUAAUCUCUCUUCUAUGCUCAGCUGCCAAACAGUCCCUUAGAGAGAGGGGCCUCCACAUACCCCCAUGGAGGACUACCACUUACAUGCAGUCUAAGUGGCUCUCAGACCAUCACAAAACCCCUGAUGCAGAGAAGAGGGAAUUAGCAAAAGCUGGUGCUGGUGCAUAUGGCUAUAGUACUAAUAAGUGGACACCUUCACCUCCAAUGGUGAUCAAGCCUAAGCCUAGGAGAAAUUUGGGUGGAGGGUCGGGCUUGUCUAGUCAGUUUUCUGAGAUGAGCAUAAAUUGUUGCUGAGUUUGAUUCUGGCACUGAGAGGCUGCAGGCUGCCCCUGCCCCCAUUUUGUUACAGUUUUUGACCGUUUUGUCGAAAUAUUUGGUUAUUGGAUCCUUUUUGUACUGAGGUGAGGAAAUAAUGGCACCAAUAGCAAUUCGAUUUUCUGCUA